AUGGCCUGGUUACCCUUUUUGCAUGGGUCUUCGGAUAGGUUCAGUGCCGAUAAGUUUGAAAGGGAGUUAAAAGCCAUAUCUACGAAAAUCCUUAAAAACGAAAGAAAGUCUAUACGCUACAAAAGACAAUUUAAGCAAUGGAGAGCUUCCCUCUUGUUCUAUAUCAGCAUUUUGUACACAAUUUUGAUUGCUUAUGAACUGAUCUUUAUUUCACGUGGUCGGCAAAUGUAUAUCCACUUAGUGGUAAUCCCUAUUGGAAUGUUAUUGUGCGAUAUGCUCUACAAGAAACUUUUCAAUAUCAUGAUGAGACGUAUAGAAACAAACCUUGUGGACCUCCGAACUCAACAUAAAGAAAAGAUUGAAAAUUUAAAGGACCUGUCAAACUUCAACGAAACUUCUUCUUUGUUGAAACGAUUCACUGAUGGGGAAGAUCUAGAAGCGCUGGAGAGAGAACAGGCAGAAGCAGCAAGGAAACAACAAGAAUAUUUUAAAUUGCUUGAAACACCACCUCCAGUCUUAAGUGGCGUGCCAAAUUCGUCUUCUCGUCCGAGUUCUCUAUUUGAACCUAUUAUGAAGCUGCUCCUUGGAGAGGACGAGAUGUCUCCUAACAAUCGAUAUGCCCUGAUAUGCACUCUUUGCUAUCAAAAUAAUGGCCUUGCACCUCCAGGUGAGGUUCCAGGGGAAGUGAAAUACAUUUGCAUCAACUGUGGGUAUCUCAAUGUACCAGAGAAAGAUCAGUUACCAGGCGUGGAUGGUACGGAGAACGACACCAUAAACCAGCGGAUGUCUGAUCAUGUUCAAUUAGAUAGUAACAAGACUGGAGAUGAAGGAGCUAAAGAAAAAAAUAAGGAAACAUAG